AUGGGACGGAGUUCUGGCAUCAUGGGAAGGAGAGUCUUCUGCCUGAUGGUCAUCUUCUCUGGGAUAGUGGCCCACAAAACAAGCUCCAAAGAGCAUGAUCGUUUGAUGAUUAGAAUGCUUCAACUCAUAGAUAUUGUUGAUCAGCUGAAAAAUUAUGUGAAUGAUUUGGACCCCGAAUUGCUGCCAGCGCCACAAGAUGUUAAGAGACACUGUGAGCAGUCAGCUUUUUCCUGUUUUCAAAAGGCCCAACUAAAGCCAUUAAAUGCAGGCGACCAUGAGAAAAUAAUCAAUAUGGGAAUUAAAAAGCUCAAGAGGAAACUACCUCCUGCAAAUGGAAAGAAGAAACAGAAACGCUCACCGGCAUGUCCUGCAUGUGAUUCUUAUGAGAAAAAACCACCCAAAGAAUUCCUAGAAAAUAUGAAAUCACUUCUUCAAAAGAUGAUUCAUCAGCAUCUCUCCUAG